AUGUCGAAAAGUGUCUACGUUCCCUGAUCAAAACCACCAGACGUCCUCUUAUUAUAUACACAAUGCACGAUGCAUACGAGGCAGAACCGAUCCUGGAAAAGCUCCCGUUGCAAAUCGAGUCUAUAGCAUGCCACGGUAAGGAUGUAUUACUAGUUGGUACCAAGCAAGGUCAUCUUCUUGUCUAUAGCAUCAAAUCAGCUUCAGGCGAUGAGAGAUUUGCAGUGAACCUUUUAAGAUCUAACAAAUCUUUUGCUAAAAAGCCAAUACAACAAUUAACCUGUGUUCCCGAAUUCCAAAUACUUAUAUCUUUAUCAGACAAUGUUAUCAGUGUCCAUGAUCUGACUGGGUAUUCUCACAUUACUGCUCUCAACAAGACAAGAGGUGCCACGUUGUUUGCUGUUGAUCUUCAGAAAGAAAAAUCUCUGAGUGGGGGUUGUACAUAUAAACUUAGAAUGUGUGUAGCUGUGAAGCGGAAACUACAGUUAUUUUAUUGGCAGAAUAGGGAUUUUCAUGAACUGCAGUCUGACCUAGGUGUGCCGGAUGUUCCCAAAUCAAUGUCGUGGUGUGUCAAUUCAUUGUGUGUUGGUUUUAAACGAGAUUAUUUUCUGAUUAAACUUGAUGGUGGUUUAAAAGAACUCUUUCCGACUGGCAAACAAUUAGAACCCACAGUUACCAGACUAGCCGAGGACAAACUUGCUCUAGGACGGGAUGAAAUGAGUAUAUUUAUUGACUCUGAGGGCGCUCCAACACAGAAAUAUGCUCUGACGUGGAAUGACAUUCCCAUCAUUAUUGAGUAUGAUGCGCCGUACAUGAUAGCUGUCCUACCAAGAUACGUCGAGAUACGUACAAUAGAACCCAGGUUGUUAGUACAAAGCAUUGACUUACAGAAACCAAGAUUUAUUACGCUGGGAAGUGGUCAUGUAUAUAUAGCAUCUAGUCAUUUUGUCUGGCGUCUCGUACCAGUGCCUAUUACCGUGCAGAUUAGAGAAUUAUUACAGGACAAACAAUUUGAAUUAGCAUUACAUUUAGCGGACAUGACAGAUGAAGUUGAAGCUGACAAACAGAGAAGAAUUCAACAUAUUCAGAAUUUAUACGCAUUUGAUUUAUUUUCACAACACAGAUUUGAAGAAUCCAUGCAGAUUUUUGGGAAAUUAGGCACAGAUCCAGCGCAAGUUAUCGGUCUGUUUCCUGACUUGCUACCUCAAGAUUAUCGAAACCAGUUAGAAUAUCCCAGUAAACCUCCAGAGCUGUCUGGAUCUGAGCUAGAAAAGGGUUUACUGGGACUCAUAGAAUAUCUAACACAUAAGCGUAAUGAAAUAGUGAAACAUAUGAGUCAGGAGUUAAGUAACCCAAUGGCUAUAGUGCAGGGUAGUACGACUAUACGAUCUAAGAAACAACUAAGUCAAAUAGUGGACACAACGUUACUUAAAUGUUAUUUACAGACGAAUGACGCUCUUGUAGCCCCGCUGUUGAGACUGAAGGACAACAACUGUCAUAUUGAAGAGAGCGAGAGGGUUUUAAAGAAACAUCAGAAAUAUAGCGAACUUAUAAUCCUCUACCAGAAGAAAGGACUCCACAGGAAAGCAUUGGAUUUAUUACUGAGACAAUCACAGAAACCCAACAGUCCACUUAAAGGACAUGACAGGACAGUGCAAUAUUUACAACAUCUAGGUAGUGACCACUUUGAUCUUAUCUCUGACUUUGCAUUGUGGGUACUGAAAGCCUAUCCCGAAGAUGGGUUAAAGAUAUUUACCGAAGACACACCAGAAGUUGAUGGUCUUCCACGUGACAAGGUAUUAGCAUAUUUAGAACAGAAUGCUUGCACCAGGGAUCUGGCUGUACCAUACUUAGAACAUAUUAUACUGAACUGCCAUGAGGACAACCCUGAGUUUCACAAUAAACUUAUACAUCUGUACAGGGAAAGAGUACAAGUUAUGAUGAAAGAUUAUAUCCUGUCUCUACCUGAAGGACAAGAUCCCGCUAAGACUGGUAAGGAACCUGGUGACCUUGGUGAACUCAGAAAUAAACUAUUAUUUUUCCUGGAAACAUCUUUACAUUAUGUGCCAGAAAAGCUACUCACAUAUUUCCCAUUUGACUCAUUCUUUGAGGAGAGAGCUCUCUUGCUUGGUCGCUUAGGAAGACACGAGCAGGCCCUUGCUAUUUACGCACAUAUCUUGAAGGACACCAAGAUGGCUGAAGAUUAUUGUAGGAGGAAUUAUGAUCCAGAUAAAGAAGGAAAUAAAAAUGUUUAUCUGUGUCUUUUGAAGAUGUAUAUCAACCCACCAGAUGCCUCCACAUUGGGAGUCAUGGUGAAUGCAGAGUCAGCAAAACCUAAUAUUGAUGCAUCACUGUGUGUAUUAAAAUUACAUCAAUAUAAGAUAGAUAUGGCCAAGGCCCUGGAUCUCAUCCCUUCUACAGUGCAGGUUAAAGAUGUUUGUAAAUUCUUAGAAUGUGUUUUAGAAGAUGGAUCAGCUAAAAAGAGAAAUAACCAGAUUUUGAAAAGCCUUCUUUAUUCAGAACAUUUACAGGUCAAAGAGCAGAAGAUCUACUACCAAAGCAGUAAGUGCACAAUCACAGAUGAGAAAAUUUGCAAAGUAUGCAAGAAGAAGAUUGGAAACAGUGCGUUUGCUAGAUAUCCCAACGGCAUCAUUGUACAUUUCUACUGUUGUAAAGAUAGGAAUUUCUGCCCCUUUGAUGUUUGA